GAAGAAAAACAAAGUCUUUGUUGUACUAAAUGGCGAGAUUCAUCCACGUCAGCAGUACCCAGAUUCCGGUUGCGUUUAUGUCCGCAACCAAACGGAGCUUUAGGAGAAGAGCGUCUGUGAUCAGAUGUGCCGCCAUCACUCCGAAGAAACGGUACACCAUCGCGGUGCUUCCCGGCGAUGGCGUCGGUAACGAAGUCAUCCCAGUCGCUGUGGAUGUUCUUUGUUUAGCUGGGUCUCUUGAAGGGAUAGAUUUUAGCUUCAAGGAGUUGCCUAUAGGAGGUGUUGCUUUAGAUCUUGUCGGAGUUCCAUUACCGGAUGAAACAUUGACAAGGGCAAAGCAAUCAGACGCUGUUCUUCUCGGAGCUGUUGGAUGGCCGAAAUGGGAUAACAAUCCGAAGCAUUUGAAGCCGAUAACGGCCUUGUUGCAGCUUCGUGCGGCUCUUAAAGUAUUUGCCAAUUUAAGACCGAUUACAGUGUUACCACAGUUGGUUGAUUCCACUUAUCUGAGAAAAGACACAGCUGAAGGGGUUGACCUUUUGAUCAUCCGGGAGCUUACUGGGGGUAUAUACAAUGCGCAUCCUCGGGGGUUUACCACAAAUGAACAAGGUGACGAAGUUGGCUUUUGUACUGAGUCCUACUCUGCAAGUGAGGUUGAUCACAUUGCCCGUGUUGCAUUUGAUAUUGCUAAGCAAAGGCGCGGUAAACUGUGUUCUGUUGACAAGGCCACUAUCUUGGAGGGAUCAAUGUUGUGGAGGAAAAGAGUCACAGCAAUGGCGGCUUCUGAGUAUCCUGAGGUUGAAGUGAGUCAUCUGCUGAUUGACACCGCUGCGAUGGAUCUUGUUCGGCACCCAAGACAGUUUGAUACCAUUUUGACUGGGGUUAUGUUUGGUGAUAUUCUGUCUGAUCUCGCGGCUAUGAUCCCCGGAAGUGUAGGAUUGCUUCCAUCUGCUGCACUUGGUGAUUCAGGGCCUGGAAUUUUCGAACCUGUGCAUGGAUCUGCGGCUAAGCACUACGGAAAGGACACAGUGAAUCCCAUGGCGGCUGUUCUAUCAGCUGCAAUGCUCUUGAGAUACGGAUUGAAAGAAGAAAACGCAGCAAAGAGAAUAGAAGAAGCAGUUUCUGAUGUCUUGGACCGUGGAUUCAGAACUAGGGACAUUCACACUUGUGGAACCACAUUGGUAGGUUGCAAGAGAAUGGGCGAGGAGAUUCUGAGAUCCCUUGAUGCUAGCUGCAAAAAGCUAUAAACAAAAAUUCAGAGAGUGACAUUGAGAAAUUCAAUGUUUAUUUCUAUCUGAUAAAAUUGUUUGAGUUAU